AUAGAUGUGAGUAUCAACCGCUACCUUUACAUAAAUGUAGCUAUUUAGAAGUUUGUUUUCCUCUUAAGAAGUUUUUCUUUUAAUUUCGGGAAUUUCCUGUAUGUAUUGGUGGCAGUUCUGUGCCAUUAUAAUGGAGUAUAAAUAUUAAUGAUUUAUAAUGUAGUGUUGGUGUGGUGUUCUAGUGUCAUCAUAUGCUUAUUUUUCGACGUUUUUAUUGUUAAUAUGGGAAAAAUUACAAUUUAUCGUUAAGGUGCUAAAAUUAGGAAAAUCUCAUGAUGGCUGCCACCCAGAAUGUACCAGUAUCUGAGAUAUUAAGGAAUAAGAGCAAGUUUGAAGAUGACGAACCAAAGAAAAAGUCUCGUGAAGAUUGGAGGAAGGCAAAGGAACUUGAAGAAGCUCGAAAGGCGGGCACAGCGCCUGCGGCGGUCGACGAGGAGGGCAAGGACAUCAACCCCCACAUCCCGCAGUACAUCUCGUCGGCGCCGUGGUACUUUGGCUCGACAGGGCCCACCUUGAAACACCAGCGGCCCCAGCCGGAAAAGCAGAAGGAAUACGAUGACAUAAACGAGUGGUACAAGCGGGGAGUAGACACGACUAAAGUUGCUAUAAAAUAUAGGAAAGGAGCCUGCGAGAACUGUGGAGCGUUGACCCACAAGCGAAAAGAUUGCAUGGAGAGGCCACGUAAAGUUGGUGCCAAAUUUACAGGAAGUAGCAUAGCAGCAGACGAGUUCAUCCAGAAGGACCUUUCCUUGGACUAUGACGGUAAAAGAGACCGCUGGGCGGGCUACGAUCCGUCGGAGCACAGAGCGAUUAUCGAAGAGUACCAGAAGAUAGAAGAAGCAAAAAGGCAGUUACGGGCGCACAAACUGAAUGCCAACAUUGAAGGGGAAGCAGAGGUGGCUGAGGUGGAAGAUCAGGACAAGGAAGACGAAGACAAAUACGUGGACGAGGUGGAUAUGCCUGGCACCAAGGUGGAUAGCAAACAGCGCAUAACUGUGAGGAACUUGCGCAUCCGUGAAGACACCGCCAAGUACUUGCGCAAUCUGGACCCUAACUCGGCGUACUACGACCCGAAAACCAGGUCGAUGAGAGACAAUCCAUAUGCUGGAGUCAGUGAGCAAGACGUGGACUACGCGGGGGAGAACUUUGUGCGGUUCUCGGGGGACACGCGCAAGCACUCGGCGGCGCAGCUGUUCGCCUGGGAGGCGUACGAGAAGGGCGUGGACGUCCACCUGCUGGCGGAGCCCACCAAGCUGGAGAUGCUGCGGCAGGAGUACGACGCGAGGAAGGAGCAGUUCAAGAGCGAGGCCCAGCGCGACGUGCUGGGGCGGUACGGCGGGGCGGAGCACCUGCAGGCCCCGCCCAAGGAGCUCUUGCUGGCCCAGACCGAGGACUACGUCGAGUACUCCCGCUACGGCAAGAUCAUCAAGGGGCAAGAAAAACAAAUAAUUCGAUCGAAGUACGAAGAAGAUGUUCUGAUAAACAAUCACACUUCUGUUUGGGGCUCAUUCUGGCAAAAUGGGAGAUGGGGCUACAAGUGUUGCCUCUCUUUUGUGAAGAAUUCGUACUGCACCGGUGACGCUGGGAAAGCAGCGGCGGAGACGUCGAGUGCUCAGGAGACGCAGUCCCUCAAGCCUCACCACAGCAACAGCGCAGACGAGUCGGAGUCCUCUUCGUCGUCGUCGUCUUCAUCUGAUGAAAGUGUUGCCCAGCAAGAAGUCUCUUCAAAGAAAAAAAGUAAAAAGCGCAAGAAGAAGAAGAAGAAAAUGAAAGACAAGAAAAAGAAAGCAAAGCUUCAGAAUGUGGCCAAAGAAGAGGAUAAAUUACAAGAGGCCCUCAAGGAAGAAGAAAUGAAUCAAAAAGCAGCAGACAAAUUGCUGGCCAUGGAUGAGCGAAAACGCCCUUACAAUAGCAUGUUCGAAGUGAAGAAACCUACAGAUGAAGAAAUAGAGGCAUACUUGAUGAAGCGGAGAAGAGAUGAGGAUCCCAUGUCACAGUUCAUGGGCUAGUUGUAAUUUGUACUAAAUUGUAACCCAAUGUAAAUUUUAUUUUAUUUUGUAUAUAAAGAUAGUUUAAAGAUUAAAUGCAAUUUAUGUA